GGAAUUCGUAGACUAUCAGAAGAAUGGAAAAAUGUAAUUGCAAUGGGAACAUAUAUGCACGUGGCAUAUGCCAUUAGGAUUGUGGUCUUACCUUAUGAUGUGAUAAAACCGUAAACUUUUAUGAUCACAUCACCAUAAAGUCAGAGACGCGGCUUAAUCCGCUAAAUUAUUACUAAUGGGGUCGUGUUAAGCAGAAGACCAAUAAAUACAUCCGCCACAUGUAAUUUCAGCGCUGGAAGAUGCCGUAAUCUACACACCGACGAACAUAAUGUGACUCCUUCUUAUUGGCGCUAAAAGGAGUGUUAUUAAAUAAAUUGGUUCUCCGGAGCAAUACAGAGAGUUACAAUAAAACUCUCAAAAAAUUUUUAUGAUUGCCGCGUGACGCCUUUGCAACGUUCCUCCUACUUAUACGUCAGCAAUCUCAAAAUUCUUUUCGCCAUUAUGAGCUUUUGGAAGCAUUUUAAAUUUUAUAGUUCACAGUUUGAAAUUCUCUGAAGCGUUAAUUUUGUCCGCCUACCAUCUCUAUGAUAAUGAAGAGCUCAAUCAAUAUUCAUUAUUAUACAUGGCUGAGCGCUCAAUAAUGUUAUAUUAACUUUCAAUUAAUUAUUAUUGUCAGAUAGAUGGCUGACUUGAUUGACUGCAUACAGACAAUUGAAAGGCGGAUAGUCUUUAAAGGGCUUAUUUUCAUUUUUUACGCUGCUCUAACUAUGAUCGACAGAACUAUGAAUGGCAGAGACACCGUUACUUUAAUUUUAUAAUUUCAAUUGGAAUGGAGAAAUGGAGAAACUGUCAUCUAUCGCAAUCCGAGCAAAUCAAGCAAUUCAAGAGAAGACAUUGUUGUUAUCAAAAUUCAAUUAAAUUUUAUUUUAUUUUCGAAUUUUUAAGGCUUUAAAAAUUUCGAUUUUGCUUUUUUGCAAAAUUUUUGUUUGACUUAUCUUAUUAUGGUGGAUCACAUUUUGGGCAUAGAUUGGGGUGCCUAUAAAAAUCUUCGGAUUACCGAUAUACAUGAGAAAAUGCGACCCCAAGUCAGAUCGUAUAUGAUGGAGGGAUGUCGAAAUCAUAGACUGUUUGAAUUGUUAAAAGUCGGUGAAGAUCCGGGCGUUGAAGAGGAUAUGCUUCGUAUUAUUAAUCACAUUUUGGAAAAUGAUUGCAGCAUUAUGGUUACGGAUGAUCAAAAUGCGAUAAGAGCCGUCGCUUUAGUCAAAUGUAUGACGGCGGAGGCUCGAUCAUGGACCGCGCUUCGUUUAAUUGUGAGAAGCACGUACGUGAGUGAUUUCUUAGAAUUGCUUAACACUACGUUACAAAGUGGAAUUAAUCUCCAUCCAGAUGAUAGCAAUAAAGAUAGUUUACAUUUUUUCUCCUAUCGUGUCGAUGAAAAUUUAUUGCCCGAUAAAUGCUUUAUGAGGCGCUUUCACAAUGCCAUUUGCGAGGUGGCAAGACACAUGAAAAUGCCGCGCAUAACUUAUGUGGCUUUGCUUCAAGCCGACCGCGAUUUUGUGACCGAAAAUGAUUUUAUUCAAAUUGUAACUACAAUCUAUUCAAUGUUUAUGUUGCGCAAUCGUCGACCCUUCGAUAGAAUGCGUGACACUAACGAAAUGUUCGCCGCCCUUUACAUCAAGGAUGUGCCACCGUUAAUACAUUUCGACAGCUUUCAAGUGCGUCAUCCUCAUUUGGCUACGAAAGAGGCCCCAAAGAAAAAAAUUGCCGAGAAAAUGCAAUCAAUACAAAAACCGGGACCAUCGGAAGCAGAUGAAGAUAAAAAUUAAAAUUGAAAUGAUUAGAAGAUUAUUUUGUGCAAAAAUCGAUCAGUUUUCCUUUCCUUAUUUGGGAAAAGUUUCAAAAAUAUAAUCGACUAAUAGCUAACUGGGUUUUACUUACUUAUAUUAUUUAUCAAAGUCUAAAUAUCAUUAAGAUUUGUAUGUGAUGACGAGGCCGUCAACAUAAGUAAGGUCAAGCACAACAGGUCCAAAUAUAUAUAUA